AUGGGUAUUGAGUCUAAAAAUUUCAGUCUUGAUGUUGAUUUACUUGCCUACAGUGGUAUCGUCUUUAGUCCUGAACAACGAGCUGCGCUUCAAACAUCUAUGGUUAUCCUCAAGGAACAAUACAAAUUUAAAUCUGCUCAUUUAUGGGGUAAAAUAUUAGGUAUUUCCGACGAUUAUUUUAUCAUACAAGGACGUGCAAAAAAUGAAUUGAAAGAUCGACAAUUUUUGUAUAGUAAAGAUUGUAUUAAUUGGUCAAUGUUAACGCCUGCUACAGAGGAGGCAAAAGAAUUAUCACCAACGUGCCAAGGACGUUUUACGGGUGAUGCAUCACACGAAUUUGAGGUGAAAAAGUUCACAGUAACAAACGAAGGAACAGAAGAGGAAAACGUCGAAGAAGAAAAGUCGAGAUUGCGUGAAGAAGAACGUUUAGCUGCAGUAUUAUGGCAAAUUGAACAAGACUCAUUAAUCAUUCCACGUGGUUCGUACAUUUUACAGCCGAAUGGUGAUGUUGAACGGAACAGAACAUUUGAAGGUUUAACGACUACUGAAGCUGGUAAACUACGUAAUUAUUUCCAUUUUCGUGAACCAAUUCAAUUACAACAGAAAAGUUUAUUAUUCCGUGCUAGUCUUGAUAAAAGUACUCAAUUUCUCGAUACAAUUGAUGAAGAUAUUCCAAAAGGAUCAUGGAGUAUACAAUAUGAACGUGGAAGUGGACUAAUACAAAUACGAAGUUUAAAAUGGCUUGGUAUGUCAUUUUUUCAUAUACCAGAAACAAAUCGAUAUGGCUCGUUAUAUUGCGGCAUCGGAGAAGAAAAUAAAGACCUACCAUUUAUGAUAUGA